AUGUUCUGGAAAUUUGGCGGCUACGCCAAUAUAUCCCCUAUUGAUGCUAUUCUCGACCGCCCCGACUUCACACUAGAGGAGCUGCUCGACGAGGGUGACCUGCUGGGUGAUGUCAAGGCCCAUAAUAACAAGCUGCUCGAGUUUCUUCGCCAGAAAGACAUCGUUCUGAAGCUGCUUGCGUACGUUGUCGCGCCCAAGGCCGAGCCGGUCGCCGGCCCUCCAACGACCGAGGAGACAGAGAGAACAGACAGCGCGGAAGGGGAGCUGCCAUCGGAGCCGCCUGAAGAGGACAUUGAGCGCGGCCGGUCACGCAUCUUUGGCCGGUCGCGUGCUUCUUCCUCGGUCACCGAUGGCGGGCUGGAUGAGGAGGACGAGGCCGAGAAGAAGCGCAUGCGGUAUGCCUUUGUCUCCUGCGAGAUUCUGGCGUCCGACAACUGGUCCAUCUGCGACACGCUUCUGGACCCCGCCAACCGCGCCGAGCUGAACAAGUUCUGGGAGUUCCUCAAGCGUCCUUCUCCGCUGGAUCCCCUGCAGGCGAGUUACUUCACCAAGGUCAACGAGUCGCUGUUCGACAAGAAGGUCGAGGAUAUGGUCAACUUCCUCAAGGGCGUCGACGGCGCAGUUCAGGAUAUGCUGCGCCAUGUCGACUGUCCCAUGGUCAUGGACCUGUUACUGAAGAUCAUCACGCUCGACCGCCCCGAAGCCUAUCAAGGCAUUGUUGAGUGGCUCUACACGCAAGACAUUAUGCCGACCCUCCUCGCCUUCCUCAGCCCCGAAAACAGCUGGGCAACGCAGACGUCUGCAGGCGAUUUCAUCAAGGCCAUUAUCACUGUGUCGGCCAAUGCGACCCAGCACGAGCAAACGUGCAUCGGUCCCAACGAACUCACCCGCCAACUGGUCUCUCACCCCUGCAUCGAUGAACUCAUCGGCUACAUGCUCAAGGGCGGCAACGCUCUUACCGUCGGCGUGGGUAUCGUCAUUGAGGUUAUCAGGAAAAAUAACUCUGACUACGACCCGGAUGUGGGCACCGAAGCCAACUCCAUCCCGUCUAGUCGCGACCCCAUCUACCUCGGCACCCUGCUGCGCAUGUUUGCCCAGAACGUACCCAACUUCAUGCAGCUGAUGAACAACGCGCCCGCCCAAAAGUCUCGACUCAACUCGACGUUUGGCGAGAAGAUUGAGCCACUGGGCUUUGACCGCUUUAAAACUUGUGAGCUCAUGGCUGAGCUGCUCCACUGCAGCAACAUGGGCCUUCUCAACGAGGUCGGCUCCGAAGAACUGAUUGCUGCCCGCGACGCCCAGCGCAAGCGCCUACGCGAAGAGGGCAAGCUCACUGGCACCCGCGGCGAAGAAGCGAAUCCCUCCAACACCGACCUCCUGACCAUGAGCCUGGCGCACACCUCCCCAACCGACGAGGGCCGCCGCCUGGAAGUCACCAACGUUUCGGCCGCUGAUGAGGAUGGAUUUGAGGAAGUGACGCAUGCAGCCGGUCUUGGCGAGGACGAACCCGUCCGAGAACUGGAGCUGCCCAGCCGACCUGCACCGGCGUCUGGCUCUUCAGCAUCGCCGUCGUUUAUGGAUAAGGACGAGGACGACUUUGUUGAGGAGCCCCUCAGCUCGCCGCGCCUCAAGACAAACGACGAGAAGAUCGCAAGCAGCGACGACCAGCACUUUGACGACCCAGAGCUGCUUGUUGCUCCCCUCUCACCGAGCAAGCGGAAGAGCGUCCCAGUCGAGGGUUCAACAUCAGGCAGCCUUGUGCCCGUCCCCCCCAAGGAUGACCCUGCCGAAGGCUCCGACGACUUUGUCACCGAAGCCACCGAGCCCGCUCUUGGCGACGAGGCCAAGAGAAUGGUGCCCGACCUCGAGAAGGGCGACGACUCCGACUCGUCCAUUAUGUUCACACCGACUAUUUCUAGCUUAUCGUCCCGCCGUUCACCUAGCCCGACUACUGAGCGGACCGUCGCACCGACCGACGAGGUCAUGGCGAACACUCCUGAGACGCCCAGUAUAAAGACCGAAGAGAACACCGAAGGCAGAGCCGAAUCUGGUACUCCGACAACGACACCACCUACCGAGACCCCGGCGAUUUUUGCCCACGAGAUCCCUACAGAACCGAAGCAGGUGCAAGACGAGAAGGAGGACGCCAAGGAUGCUGCAAGCAACGGAGAUGCGGAGAUGGGGUUUGGUGACGCAUCGAUUAUCGUCACGCAGCAGCCCUCCGAGGCUGGUGCAGCUGCCGAGUCUGCUCCCGGUGCUCCCGUUUCCGACCCAGUUGUCGGCGACUUCUUGAAGAUGCAGUUUGUCGACCACCGCGUCGUGCCGACAAUUUUGUCCUUCUUUUUCUCCUAUCCCUGGAACAACUUUUUGCACAACGUCGUGUAUGACGUUGUACAGCAGGUGUUCAACGGUCCUAUGGACCGGGGCUUCAACCCCCACCUGGCCAUCUCCCUGUUCGAGUCGGCCGACAUUACGACGCAGAUCGUCAACGGCCAGCUGGUCUCCGAGCAGUCCCAGGCUGCCACGCGCAUGCGCAUGGGCUACAUGGGCCACCUGACCCUCAUCGCCGAGGAGGUCGUCAAGUUCACCGAGCGCCACCCGGCUGAGCUUUUGUCCGAGACGGUCGUCUCGAAAAUCAUGUCGCCCGACUGGACCAACUACAUUGACGGCACGCUUACUGAAACGCGCGAACGCGAUAAUGCCACACUGGGCGGUGUGCGACCUGAAGUAGCUAUGGGCAACCAUGCCGCGGCUGCUGGACUUGCUGCUGUGGGCCUGUCGGGCCUGGGCUCGUCACUCACAUCCCUCGGCCUCUCCAACUCCCAGGGCACAUCCAAUGCUCUGGCGGAGGCGGGCCUGAAUGGCAGCCUGGACCUGAACAGCGACAGCAUGGAUCUUCAGGGCAGCAACGAUGGCCACUUCUCCAUCAGCGCCGGCAUCUCCUCGGGCUUCCACAGCUCGAGCGACGAAGAGGAUGACGACGCGGACGACAACGACGAAGACAUCAACAAUGAGGUUAGUAUAAGUGAUUCCCCCCUCCAAGCAUACCGCGGCGUCCGCCUUGUCCAGGAAGGUGAACGUCGUGUCCUUGAGUGUGAAGACUGCAUCAAUGAAAUCCGACGUGGAACGAAACCAUUUGACGAGUAUUGCCACCACACGUUGGACGGCGUUACCGAUGGGGAUGCCAAUGGGGAGGCCAAUGCCGACUGCGACCCCGACCCCAACGAGGACCUGAGCAUGGAAGACUAUACCAACGACGACAAUACCCCAGCACCAAAUGCCGCUGAGGAGAGCACAAAUGACGGAUGUGACCACGGAGACGGAGACCAAGACCAUGGCUACGACCACAGAGACCAAGCCGAUGGGGAUGUGAACAUGGAGGAUAAGGACGAGAACGGAGGGGAGACCAACGAACCAAGUGGUGCCGCGCUCCAAGAACUGUUUUCGGACCCAGCGCCCAUUGGACUGCGAUUUAAUGGAACCGGCGACAUCCGUGAGCCCGCAACCGGAGACGCAUUCUGCCAGAGCACACGUGGUCGGAACGACCGAGAUGACGAAUGCGAGAACGGUGUGAGCGGAGUCGAAACCAUCGAUAGAACCGACUACGACAACUUGCCACAGGCCGCCUACCAUAGCAGGGGAGAUUUCCAACAGCGGGCCCAGAAUGCCACGGACCUCGUAUUGAGACUGCGGAGGACGGUUGCGCAGCGGUUUCGCCGGGGGUAA